AUGAGUGCGCGAACGGAAGUGACACCCAUCAAGCGGUUAACGACGACGGAGAGGGGGGGCUCGACGACAUCUACUGCCGUGGUGGUCCUGGAUGGACCGGGCAUCAUUGGGCACCAACAAGGACCGCUUAACAGGACCGCCAGUCGUGUGAUGGAGUGCAGCACUCAUGAGGCACUUUGGCCGGUCAUUUGCGUUGGCCAAAUCUUCUCGCUGAUGCCCAUUAUACGGUACACCGGACCGGAUCCGCGUGAUGUAACGUUCCGCGUCCGGUCGGUGCGUUUCUGGUACGCCCUGCUUACGCUUCUCCUGCUGCUCACGUUUCUCGCCAUGCUAACCAUCUACACGGCUAAUGGUAGUGGAUCAUUUGGCAUGUCCGCCGCUUCCGCCAUCGUGUACUACGCCAUCAUCGUAUUCUUUAUGCUGGAGUUAAUGAUGCUGGCCCGGAACUGGAGCACCAUCAUGAGCCGAUGGUAUGAGGAUGAGUUGGUGUUCCGAAGUGCACCCUAUCUGCCACCGGCCGGUGCGUUACCGCUUAACCGAAAGAUCCCGUUGAUCGCCUUCGGCAUCAUCGCGUUGGCCUUUCUCGAGGAUACGCUAAACUUCGUAUCGGUGUAUCAGCUGAACGCGCUGCACAUCCGCUAUUGUGACCACCGGGACGGGUUCUGGAAGAAUUUCUUUCACCGGGAGCAUCCAUACGUGCUGGCGGCGAUCCAUGGCUAUCAUCCGGUCGUCGGUUGGACGAUCGAGCUAACGAUGCGUGUGGGCAAGUUCACCUGGCACUACGUGGACGUGUUCAUCAUUUGUCUGGCCGUGUGCCUGCAGCGUCGUUACGUUCAGUACAACGAACGGCUCGAGCGGCUCGGUGGCCAACCACAACCGACCGGUGUUUGGCGCGAGUUACGGUUGCACUUUGUGCGGUUGACCGAACUGGUGCGCUUCCUGGAUGGACGCUUCUCACGCCUCAUACUGGCCUCCUGUGCGAAUAACAUGUUCUUCAUUACGGUCCAGCUUUUUAACAGCUUCGAUCUUAAGCCAACGACCACGACGACGGUCUACUUCUGGUACUCGCUCGUCUUCCUGAUGGGCCGAUGCUUCCUGAUGCUCUUCAUCGUGUCUUCGGUGAGCGUGGCGGCCAGUGCGCCCCUCGAGUCACUGCGCCACUUCCCCAGCUCCAACUGGAAUCUUGACUUAAAGCGGCUUUGCGAUGCAGCGGCUUGUUCCGAUAACGCCCUAUCCGGUCAGCGUUUUUUCUUCAUUCGGCGGCCCCUGAUACUAGCGAUGGCGGGCACUAUCAUCACCUACGAGCUGGUGCUGCUCGAUCAGGUCAAGAAGGUACCGGACAAUACGCGGGACUGUACCUUCUAA